AUGCGUCGUGCUAGUGUCCCGUUGGUAAAUGUCUGUAGAUGGGUACGAAGGCGAGCUCCGGCCAACCCAACUACAUCCCAUGAUCCUGGUAUACUGGAUGAAGGAGCUACAUUUGCGGAUGUACACUCCGUUAUUCUAGAUCCAACAUCAAAGUUGCCUUAUCCAGAUAAGUAUGUGAAGGAGCAUAUAGAAAAAACGUCAAAGGAGUUGUUGAAAGAAAGGAACAAAAUUAGAUAUGGCAAUAAAAAGAAGGCUCCCAAUGUUAUCGUAUUCGACCAUAUUCCACUUGAAGAUCAAAUUGUAUGCUUGUUUCCUGGCCAAGGUGCGCAAUAUGUUGGCAUGGGAAAUAAGCUCAACGAUUGUCCACAAGCCAAAGCCGUUUUCGAACGUUCUUCCGAAAUUCUCGGAUAUGAUGUUUAUAAACUGUGCACAGAAGGUCCGAAGACUAAACUGGACCAGACGCUUUAUUGCCAACCGGCUGUGUUUAUUUCAUCAGUAGCAACGUUAGAGAAGUUCAAAGCUUCCAAUGAGACGAUAGCUGAUCGUAUCACCGACGUAGCUGGAUUCAGUGUUGGUGAAUUUGCUGCACUUGUCGCAGGAGGAGUUCUUAGUUUUGAUGAUGCAUUAAAAGUGGUGGAUGCUCGUGCUAAAGCCAUGCAUGAAUGUAAUCAGUUAAUUCGAAGUGGUAUGAUGACUGUGCGGGUAAAUGCCUCAUCACGACUUCAAGAAGCCAUGAAUGAUGCAAAAAUGGUGUCUAGGGAGAAGGGUGAAAUGGAGGUUUGCGAAAUCGCAAACUUUUUAUUCUGUGGAGUUCGAGUGGUUGGUGCCAGCGAGACAUGCAUGCGAUAUCUGGAGGAGAAUCAAAUGAGAUAUAACUUCACGGUCUUGAAACGAUUGGAAGUAAGUGGCGCAUUCCAUACUGUGCAAAUGGAGCCGGCGGUAGCAAGACUUCGUGAAGCAAUUGCUGGAGUAGAACUGAACAAACCUAGGUGCAAUGUGUACUCAAAUUAUACUGGACAUGUCUAUCCUGCAAAGAAUUCGGAAAUUCGGAACGCAAUCACGAAACAAGUCACGAAUCCUGUCAAAUGGGAGCAGAUACAACAGCUGCUCUAUCGAAAGCAUCGCGACUACACAUUUCCGAUGUUCGUCGAGUUGGGCGCCGGUCGGCAACUUGGUGCCAUGUUAUUGCAAACGAGCAAAAAGGCUUAUAAAAAUUAUCAACACAUUAGUUGUUAA